CGCGCGUCCCCUGCCAUGCGCGCGCGCCCCCGAGCGGGCGCCAGGCCUCGCCGAGGGGCCCCCAUGGAGAACUACCGCAAGGCCGCGACGGUGGAGAAGCCGUGGCCGCCGGCCUUCCCGGGCCUGCCGCCGGGCACCAUCGAGAUGAGGGUGAAGGACGGCAGCAAGAUCCGCAACCUGAUGGGCUAUGCCCUCGGCAGGCUGGAGGCCGAGGCGGCGCGGGCCGUGCUGUUCAGCGGCAGCGGCAAGGCCGUCAGCAAGACGGUCACCUGCGUGGAGAUCGUGAAGCGCCGCGUGCGGGGCCUCCACCAGCUCACCCGCCUGCUCUUCCGCCAGACCGAGGAGGCCUGGGAGCCCCUGCUGCCCGACAAAGGGCUGGACCGCCUCACCGUCCGCAGGAGCGUGCCCGCCAUCGUCGUCCUGCUCAGCAAGGACCCCCUCGACGCCCGCCAGGACGGCUACCAGGCCCCCGGCUGCCAGCCCGGGCUCGGCCCGCCCGCCCCGGGACCCAGGAAGCAGGGCGCCGGCCGGGGGAAGAAGCCCCCGCAGCCCCGGGCCCAGCCCGGACCCUGAGCACGGACCCUUCCCACCUCCCCACCCCCCACGGCCCGGCGGGCACCGGGGAGAGGCCCCUCUGCCAGCCGCGGAAACUGCAGGCCUCACUGCCCUGCCCCCUGAUCCGGGCACGGAGCUCACCCCCGAGGCCCUGGACCUGAGACACUUGGAGUUUCCCAGCCAGCCGCGGCUCACUGCUGUGCCCCCUGAUCUGCUGGGGACGUACCCGACCCCCCCCCCCCCCCCCCGGCCUGGGACACCUGGAGAGCCCCUGCCAGCCGCAGAAAGUGCAGGCCUUACUGCUGUGCCCCUUGAUCCGGCGGGGGGGGGGCGGUCACCCCGGACCAGAGACGCCUGGAGAUCCCCUGCCAGCCGCAGAAAGUGCGGGCUACAGUGCCGUGCCCCUUGAUCCGGGCAGGAGGGUCACCCCGGCCCUGAGGCGGUUGGAGAGUCCCUGCCAACCAUAAAAGCAGCGUGGCUCACUGAGCCGGGCAGGGAGGUCACCCCCAAGGCCCUGGACCUGAGACACUUGGAGUUCCCCUGCCAGCUGUGGGGAAUGCCCCUCGGUCUGCCGGGGAGGCACCCGGAGCUUCCUGACCUGAGACAGUUGGAGAGCCAAUGCCAGCAGCAGAGAGUGCGGGGUUCACUGCUGUGCUUCUUGAUCUGGGCAGGGGGGUGGUCACCCCGGACCUGAGCCAGUUGGAAAGCCCCUGCCAGCCGCUAAAAGCGUAGGCCUCACUGCUGUGCCCCUUGAUCCGGGCCGGGGGGCCACCCCCGGGCCCCUGGACCUGAGACACCCGGAGAUCCCCUGCCAGCAGCCGAGAAUGCAGGGCCCGCUGAAGGGGCUGCUUGACCGUGGAGGAAGGAAGGGAUUCUGGGAGUGGGAAGACCCUCCGUGGAGAGGGGACACCGCUGCCGUCUUCGGUCCACGUGCCUACCCCCGGUGAGACCUGCUCUUUGGGGUGUGAAGACAAGCAGGGGGAAGCCAUGCCCAUGGACCCUCAGUUUGCCUACCUGUGAAGUGAGUGGCUGAGCCCAUGGGGCAUCUGAGGCCCGAGGUCACCUAAGGAAUAAAAAGCAGUAGAUCUCCACAA